GCAUGCGCACAAGUGAAUGGCGGGCUACAGAACUGGCGGAAGCUCGCUUUCCAACAUGGCGGCUGAGGCGGAUCAGCUGCUCAGGCGGGUGCUGGUGCCAGUUCUUUUACCUGAGAAAUGCUACGACCAACUUUUCGUCCAGUGGGACUUGCUUCAUGUUCCCUGCCUCAAGAUCCUCCUCAGCAAAGGCCUGGGGCUGGCCAUCGUGGCCGGCUCGCUCCUUGCUGCCCCAAAUCCUUAAAAUCCUGGGGGCCAAGAGUGCAGAAGGGCUGAGUCUGCAGUCGGCAGUCCUGGAGCUGGUGGCGCUGACUGGGACCGUGGUCUACAGCGUCGCCAACAGCUUCCUCUUCAGCUCUUGGGGUGAAGCCCUGUUCCUGAUGCUUCAGACGAUUACCAUCUGCUUCCUGAUCAUGCAUUUCAGAGGACAGACUGGGAAAGGAGCUGCUUUCCUGGCCUGCUACGCGCUGAGCCUGCUGGUGCUGCUUUCACCACUCACACCCCUAGCUGUCGUCACCCUGCUGCAGGCCUCCAAUGUGCCCGCUGUGGUGGUGGGGAAGCUACUCCAGGCCGCCACCAACUACCGCAAUGGGCACACAGGCCAGCUCUCAGCCAUCACAGUCUUUCUGCUGUUUGGGGGCUCCCUGACCAGAAUCUUUACUUCCAUUCAGGAAACCGGAGACCCCCUCAUGGCUGGCGUCUUUGUGGUCGCCUCCCUCUGCAAUGGCCUCAUCGCUGCCCAGGUCCUCUUCUACUGGAACACAGGGCCUCCCCACAAGCACAAAAAGGAGCAGUAGAGUGGAGGCCGCUGUGGGGGCUUCACGUGUUUGCAUUCCGCCACCAGCGUCGGAGUCCUCCGCAUGUGAGCCCGCCUGUUUGGGAGACUCAGCUGUUGCACAUUCUGAGCCAGGGCUCGUGUCCAGUGGGAACGGGUGGUUGGUGGGCCCAGGUCCUUAGGGUGCAGGGAGGGUUAACACUUUGACAUUAAAGUUCCACCCCAGCACGCAAAGACAAAACCCGACCUGCCUGCAGUUCCCAAGGCCUGUGUAUGUGCUGUUCACCCGCUUCAGUGCUGGCUCCCGCAGCAGCAGCUUCUAGCUGUUUCUGUGCCUGCCGGCAGUGUCCUCCCUUUGAUCUUUCCACUGCUCUUCUGGCCUUCGAGAACAGCGCCCAGACAAGGGACAAGAGGGAUUCAGGGCUUGUGCUGGCUUCCUCCCCGGACUUAGGACUGAGGGCUGGACCCCAGUGCUGGGGGUGGGGAGAGGGGGCCGAGUGACUCAGCCAGGGCCCCGGGGUGGGGUGCGCAGGUGCUUGCUGUGGCAGGCUCAGGCGGAAGGGAGUGGAGAUGGUGCCGCAGUGCAGUGAGGUGAACGGAGAUGGGACACAAUAAAGACAAACAGGUUUCAUCAUACAAAA